UUUGUCUUCCAGGAACUUAAACUUUCAGAGUUGGCCUAUGUCGGAUAGCGAGCGAGACUUCAUCAGUGGUAAGCCCCGUUUCUUCGGGGUGAUGACAGGCAAAGUGUAACAGAGAAGUGAAAAGUGAAACGAAUAAGUAGAAGAAUAUUUAUUUAACGGUGUUUGUUUAAAUUGUUAUUAGGUUUAGACUCUAGGACGCAAUCAAGAACUGUGUGGAUAGAUCUAUCCCGUUGCCAUCACUUUCGGUUUCCUCCUCCGAGGAAAGACCUCGAGUCGAGUCGAGUCGAGACGAGCGAGCGCCAUUUGUAUUGUCAGCCUCCACGGUAACCUAGCUGUCGAAUCAACAUUCAGCUAAUGCUUAAGCCUUUUACUAUCGUUGACUGUUUAUUCAUGCCAUUGAUGAAAUCCCGAUUCGUAUUGUGACUCAAUGACAUGACAAGUGUCCAUAAUGGCGGAGAAAACAACAAGGAAUGCGGGUUACUUGAAGCCUGGAGAGCCACCCGCUGGAACAAGAGAGAAAGGAGCUGCAGAUAUCCUUGAGAAGCAAAAACUGCACACUUUAUCUACCAUGUGUGAAUUAUAUAACCCAGACUUCAUUUCUUUCCUUGAGAAAUUCAAAUUCAAACAAUCCUGUCCUUUCCAAAUUGAUCCGAAUUGUAAGGGAAAUAAAAUUGGUUUCUUGAAGCUUGGACUUGACAGGCAGCUUGAUAUGCAUGAUGCUUUGUGUGAUGCUGAAAGGAAGGUACUUAGCCUCCGUAAAUUCCUGCCAAGAUUAACAACGGACAAAAUUGGUACAGAUAGGCUCAAGGUGGAAGAGGACGAUGAUUCAACUUACAUUAAGGUGGUCACGGACAAGGGGAGUUGUGAACUUUGUGAGUACAUUCGGUACAAAUGUUCAGAAGCAAAAGAUGCAGAAGAAAAUUUGAAGAAGGGAGAAUUGAGUUAUCAACAGGCACAUGGGUCUACAGACAAACUAAAUGGAGCCGCACUUGGCUAUGAUCGUGAUGCAAUUAGCAAUGGAAGUAAUACUGAAACUGACCCCCAUCAGAAGCUUGGGAUGUUAAAAACCGAGAGAACAAAACAAGAAAUUUUGCCAGGCAGUGAAGCCAGAAGAUUGCAAAGUCUGCAACAUGAACACAGUGAUUCCCAUAGGGAAGCAAGAAUUGUCUACCUUGAGAAUGUGGAUAUUCCUCAAGAACAAUCUGUCUACGUUAAGAAGUUUUUCCCUGGAUUUCUGGAAAAGAAUACUGUCGGUGUUGAGUACAAGAUUUCCUCUGAAAGAAUAGAACUUAGCAGCUUCUCAAAACAUGAUCUAAAGCAAGCAUAUUAUGUUGUUGAAAAGAGAAUGAAAGCAAUUGAAGUAGAAUGUGUCCCGUUUUAUGAUUCAUCAAAACGGGCAAAAGAAAAUUUUAACAGAUUUUGUGAACGGAUAUCAGAGAAAUACAAUUGCAUCAUUGCUCCCGUGGUGACAGCAACAUCUAACGGCCCUUCAAGUAAGCAGUUUGUACCAGUCAUUCACCACUUCCAGAAUCAUGAUGUCCACUUAUACUUACUUGAGGGAAACAUUGACAACAUCUGUCUGCAAACAACAAUCUAUGUCACCUCAGAGGAAACAGAUCCCACUGUGAGGAAGUACGAGAAUGAGAAGAAAGUUGAGGUGGGCCUGACACCUGAUAUGACAAAGAGAGAAAUAUACAAGUACAUGAAUAAAGCACUCUCUUGGGCGAAAUCAAACUCUUCUGCAAUCGGCCUUGUCAUUGGACAUGUUCCCCAUGCAUUGUCCGGGAUCGCUGAGGCUAUUGUCUUCUUGUGUGAAAGGUCAAUGGAGGCCAUCAACGUGUACUUGCUAGAGCCUGAAAGGAAAAAUAUUCUUCAUGAAUUUGAAUCUCACUGCAAAGUGCAAAAGUGGAAAGAAGUACAGCACGAGACAAAGGAAGAUUUGGAGUGGGAGUGCAAAGAAAGAGAAAUUCCAAACUACGAAGACUUUGCUCUAAGUCAGAACUUCUCUGUGCACGUGGAUGAGGAAAACCAGAUCAAGUCACUUGUCCCCAUCUUGAUGUGUCUCCCGAUCACUUUUAAAGAUAUCUCUCGACCUCACCUCCAAGCACACUGUCCACAACACAGGAAGCUGCUAGAGAAAAAAGUGCAAGCCAAAGUCAGAGAAAAGGCAGACCUGCAGAGUCUUGACUCUACUGUGGGAAUUAUUUCUGUAAAGGAAACUGGCUAUCUGUUGUACUAUGCUCCAAGGUGGGAAUUUGGAGCUGGUCAGGUUAUUGCCAGAGCUGUGAACCUGUGUGUAGAAAAGGCGAAGGAGUAUGACUGCUCUGUUGUCUUUGUCCCACCUGGAAUUUCAAGUGAAGACACUUUCAAGUACCCACCUAGGUUCCUGGCCCAGCAAGUUUUUCACAGCCUGGAUAACGUCUUACUGGAACAGGGUCUCAAAUAUAUGGAUAUUCAUUUGAGAGUACACCAUUCCCCAUACAAAGAGGCUUUCAAGGCUGAAAUGGACAAGCGCAAGCCUUCGUUUGCCAAGAAGUCACCAUCAUUUACUGAAGAGGAAACCGAGGAAAAGUACCUUCAAGUAGUUGGUUGGAGAGACAACAUGCCCCAAGUUCUUGAUGAACUGAAGCUGAAGGUACAACCUGAAUACUAUUAUUUUGAGAUGCCACCUGCUGUUCGAAGCAGUGGGUUGAGUGAUUGGGGAGAAGGAAGUUACAAUUCUAAUGCCUGGACUCAUAGAGCUUCUACAGGCUCAGACAUGAGGGAAGACACCGAGAGGGAGAGGAGAGAUGAAACUGAGAGGAAAAGGAGAGAAGAGACCGAGAAGGAGUUGAGAGAAGAAACUGAGAGGAAGAGGAGAGAAGAAGAAACUGAAAUGGAGAGGAGAGAAGAAGCCGAGAGGAAGAGGAGAGAAGAAACCGAGAGGGAGUUGAGAGGAGAAACUGAGAGGAAGAGGAGAGAAGAAGAAACUGAGAUGAAGAGGAGAGAAGAAGCCGAGAGGGAGAGGAGAGAAGAAACCGAGAGGGAGAGCAAAAACAGCUCUCGGAGUUUUUACACAGGUACAAGGACAACAACGAAGAUCAGUGCAGAGAUUUCUUCUGCUGUUCAAAGAAGUGGGCUGAGUGAUAGGAAAAAAGAAAUGUACGAUUAUGAUGCCCUGACUCAUAGAGUUUCUACAGGCUCAGACAAGAGCGAAAAAGCAGAGAGGGAGAGGGGAGAUGAAACCAAGAGGGAGAGCAGAAACAGCCCUCAGAGUAUUUACACAGGUACAAGGACAACAAUGGAGACCAGUGCAGAGAUAUCAGCUCGUAUUCCUGGCGAUAUGUUGAGUGGUGAGAGAGGAGGAGAGUACUCGUCUGAUCAUAGGGCUCGCAGGAAUCCAAGUUAUUUUACAGACCCAGAGAUGAGAAACAAGACGGAGAGAGAUGGAGGAGCCAGUUCUUAUAGUAAUCGUCGGUUGUCGGCAGGAGCUGGGAUAGGUAUCAAGAUGCCAAGUGCUGUUGCUGGUGGAUUGACGAGUUUGGAGGAAAAAUAUCUGUCUUAUCUUACUACAAGCAGAGAGGGAACUCCAAUGAACAAGACAGACCAGACUUAUUAUAAACAAACCCUGUUUACUUAUCGAAAAUAAAUAUGUAGACAAAUAAUGCAUAUUUUAUUUGUGCAUUUUUCUUUGCAAAUAAAUGACAAGGUUAUUAAAACACAUCCAGAAAAGUGUGUAAUGGUCCCAAUCUUCCUUCACUGAUCAUGGGAACCCACUGACUGCUAUGCAUUACCUCCAAUGGUAAAAAAUUAGAGUUGUUUAAUCUUGUGUUAUAAAAAAUUAAGUUAAAUAUACAGAAACAACAAAGGGAAAAAAAAAGAGUAGAACUUGCCUAUAGCAGCCUCCAACCACCUGCACUUUUGCUGAAGAAACUUCAGGUUUGAGCCAGCUCCUUGAGUUUUAUGUGUUGUUUUGUUUUUGAGUUAUUGUAUUUAUGGUGAGUUAGCGUGAUGAUGAUUGCCUCAUUUUCUGGGAAUACUAAGGAAUAGGACGAUUGGUAAUCCUGAAAAGAAUUGGAAGAAGGACAUCACGUUGCCUAUUGUAUCAAUUUUGUGUAUGUAGUGUCAUGUAGUUAUACAGUUGGGGUGUGUGAGUACUCCAGUCCUCACAUUAUCACAUUAAUAAUAAUUUGAAUUUUCGUUCGUUGCUUUUAUAAUUGUCAAUAUUGUUUUGGUCUGUUUUUGUACUGUUGGGGUUGUUCGUUAAUUCAUUAAUUAGUACCAGCGUCUGUGAUGCAGCGGUUAAAUGCUUUACUGUCACAUGCAGGAGACUUGAGUUUUAUUUCCGAAUGGGGUGAAAUUUUCAUUGAGUUUCUCAGUCUUUCUGUUUGGGAUGUUGUAUCCCUCUCAGCCUGGGUUUGCGCUGAUAGACAGGGUUGGAAGCCCACCUCCUAAAUGAUCUAAUUUGUGUUGAUAGGAAUGUAAAAACACUUACAAAACAAUUAAUUGAAUCAAUAAAAUUUAGUUAAGCAUAAGCAAAUGAUAUAUUAUUAUAUUAAGCCUGUGUUCAGGAUUCGAGUACUCGCUCAAGUAUUUCAUGAUUACUCGGAUUCAAAAUGCUAGACAGGCACAUUAAAGUAUGUUACUGUUUUGAUGCUGUGUCAGCUUUUUGAGAUCGCAAUAUUGUCCUGUAUAUUUUAAAUAAGAUAGGUGCCAACCUCAUAUUGUGGCAGCUAUACUAUUUUUGUUGAUGCCCAUGGCUGCAGCAUUUUGUUUUGUUCUUGUAGAAUUUUCCACCCUGCUAGACAGAAUUAUGUCUUUUUUUUCUUUUCUAAGGCAAAAUAUGUGGCCAAGGGACAAGUUAAAGAGAGAGGAUUUCUUUUUUUAAAUGUAUUGUCAUUGAUGAUAUGCCAUAAUAAGUAUCUACCUUGAUCGUCUAAGGUUAUGUAUUUCCUUUUAACCCUUUGACCUGGAGUGCACAUUAUAUGUUUUGUCCCAUUGAAACUGAAUGUGUACUACAAGUAUGGCUUCAGAUUCAUAUUAUGUCCGGGUAUUUUCAAUUGGACAUUACUGAUGAUAUUUUGGGUUUUGAGUGUUUUGAAAGAACGGAGGUAAGUUAACUUGAAAAAAAAAAGGCUCAACGAAAUCAAAGCUAAAUCAGAGUCUUUAAAGUCAAGUCUAUAAAUUUACAGUAUAUCUGCCAUAGGGGAUGUUUCUCAACUAGAUUGUAUAACUUAAGACAUUUAUGUGACAACAAAGUGAAAUCAGACAUUCGGCAAAAUAAUGAAAUAGAAAUUUCUGUAUUUUCUUUGUUUGCUUUCAUUUAGAUAAUAUUGCUGUGAUUUUUGUUUUUGCCAUAUAUGUAGCCUCUUGAUUGAGGAACAGUAACAGAAAGGUAUUUUCAGUUUACUUUACAUCUGUUGCAACUGUCAAGAAAGUAGAUCUUGCUGAAGAUCUUCUUUGCUUUCCCAUGCUAGACCUCGGGAAAAGUCGACUACUGGUUUUAUUUUAGAAUAUUGUCAUGUAACCAUUUUUCCUAUUUUGUAAGGUCCCUUGCGUUUGAGCAGCCACAUUUUGAUUUUGAAGAGGUACUAUUUUUGUUUUAAAGCUAGCUUGAGUAUUUUCAGUUUUGAUAAGAAUUAAUUUUGAAGGCCCCUUGCUUUCAGGCAGCCCCAUUCCGACUUCGAAGGUACUGUUUUUGUUGUGGGUGUUUUACUUACUUGAGUAUUUUCAGUUUUGGUAAGAUUUUAUUUUGAAUUUUCUAAUGCAGUUGCGAGCGCCGUAAAACUCUUACUAAAACUAACUAAUUUUGAGUUUUGCGUGGAUGGUGGUUGAAGGCUACUCUUGUUGAUUUUAGGACCACUAAGAGAUAUCUUUAUUGUGCUCAACUUGUACAAGUGACCUCCGAGAUUUUUUACCCCUAUCUGAAUAGCCUUGGUGUUCUGUCUUACCUACCCCAAGAGCAGGGGUGUGGCUAGCAGGGGUGUGGCUAGCAGGGGUGUGGCUAGCAGGGGUGUGGCUAGCAGGGGUGUGGCUGAAAGACGGCAAAAAGAAGUAGUCAGGAACAGCAGUAGAAAGAGUCAAGAGUAGCGGAAAGAGAAGCACAGGGGGAGAGGAAGAAAGUGGUGAUGAAAGCAGUUGAUAGAAAAGGACUAGAGAAUGGGAAAAGAAGACAAAGGAAACCAUUUUAGAAUUGGCAGAAUUCGAUCCAGGAACCUUUUGACUGAGAGGCAAACACCUUACCUCUAGACUACGAGAGCCCCUGAUGAAGAUGAUAUAAGGAACAUACAAAGAAAUAUAAAAAUGUGUCUUGCUAGUAUCUAUGAUCCACCUCUUUCCUCAUAUUGUUGUAUUGUUAUAUAAUGAAAUAUUGUUUGAUCAGUUUGAGUUAGGUCACCUGAGUAAAGGAUUUUUAAUAGAUGAGUUCCAUUCUUGGCUGUAGUUGACCUGUGUACCCAGUUCGCAUGGGUGAAGUUAACAGUUGGUCAAGUAGGGAUGGCACAAUAUUUGGAUUAGCUAUAAAUGUAAGUUGAUAAUUUUAAAGAGUUUUGUUAAAUGUUUUUUGUUUUUUUUAUUUGCUCCCUUUUUCUCUGUGAUACUUGACAGUGGUUCAAGUGUGAUUGAUGUGGUGUUUGUGGUAAUAAAUCAAGGGGUUUUUAAUUAGAUUUUGUAUGUAAACCCUCUUUUCCCUUGUGAUUCAUCGUGCUCUAUUUCAUAUUUUUUAUAUUGACCAGCUUAAAAUUGGAAUUUGUAACCUCACUUCUGGUUGUAAAGAGUCUUGAUUUGAUUUACAAGAUAAGGGGCUUUUAGAAAUGCUAGUAAUAUUGCUCAAGAGUUUUUGCUGGUGCCCGACUCUGGUACUUGAGAAAAAGAUGUUUCACCCGAUAGUUCCCAAUUUUUCAUUGACCUGUCCACCAAACCCUGGAAAGCAGAAUGAAAAGAGACCGAGCCGGUAUAAGUAUGGUGGAUAUUGGAGUUAAUGAUGUGGGCAAAAAGAGACGGAUCAUGAAAAAAAGGCAGCAAACCAGGAGAGGUGCCAUCUGGAAGCGAGGGGAAGGCAAAGCUACUCGUCUGCUGUGGUGCCCAGGAGAAGGCCAUGUGUAGGAAUGUAGUAUGCUUGUUGUUUGUUUUGCUGGCAAGGGGGAAUCACAUGUGUUUGAUUAAUACUUAUUUUUUACUUUUUUCUUCCGCUUGUACCGGGGGGUGUCGCGGGGAGACACUGGCGUCUGUCUGCAGCAAGGCGAGUGGCCUGUAGGAGGGACAUCCCGUGAGCUCUGAGGGUGUCUGCCACAGAUUCACUCCAUCGUCGCCUUGGUCUUCCUCUGGCUCUCCAUCCAGAAUAUUUAAUGUUGUAUGCUCUCAGAGCUGGAUGGUUCGGGGGCAUCCGCGUGAGGUGUCCGAACCACUUGACCUUUGUUUUUCAAUGUGUGGUAGGACUGGUGUUGCUCCUAUGGUGUCCCUUAUUACUUCAUUUUUAAUUUUGUCUCUUCUUGUUUUGUUGACCGCUCUUCUUCAGCAUUUCAUCUCGCAUGUGACCAGUUUCCUCUCUAGGGCUUUUGUUAGGGACCAUGUGUGGCACUGAUAUGUGAGUGUUGGAAGGAAAAUGAUUAAAAUGCCCUAUAUUAAUUGAUUACCUAUUUUCUUGUUUGUUUUCCUGGAAAGGGGGAAUCACAUGUGUUUGACUAAUUGCCCUAUAUUUGAUUACUUCUUUUUUGUUGUUUGUUUUGCUGGCCAGGGGGAAUCACAUGUGUUUGACUGAUUGCUCUGUAUUUGAUUACCUCUUUUCAGUUUUUACUGUUCUUCUUCUUAGCUUUCCCAAUAGUUGGACAUUGCUUCUUACACUUUUCAACAAUAAAACACGUUAUCUCUUGGCA